AAACGAGUCUGGAAUGAAAGCUGUCUAUCAAUAGACCUGCGCACGGAUAAACGCAUCAUGCACACGCAGAGUACGCCAGCCGCUGGAGGUGUUAACAUGAACUAUCAGUAUGCACAGGCGCAACAGGUGCCGCCCAGCUACGCGCAGGCAACACAAUUCCAGGUGCCAACGACCGCAAACGUAGUCAUCAUACAGCAACAAGCGCCGCCAGCUGUGGGACCCGAUCCGUGCUACGUCUGUUGCCCCCAUUGCCAGGUGCGGGGUCUCACGCGCAUUGAGUAUUCGCCCAGUGUGCGCACACAUUGCAUGGCCGCGCUGCUUUGCAUAGUGGGACUCUGGUGCUUCGCCUGUUUGCCCUACUGUGCCACAAGCUGCAUGAAUGCGAAUCACUUCUGCGGCAAUUGCAACAAAUUCGUGGGCGUCUAUAGCAGCGAUUAAGGCCAAAAUGCUAAACAAUAAACGUAAACAAUUUCUCCAUA